AUGGCCGUCCUCGACAAGUACUCGUGGAUCAUCGCCAUCAUCUCCAUCGCCUUCUGCGCCUCGUCCUUCGGCAACGGCGCCAACGAUGUCGCCAACUCCUAUGCCACCUCCGUCGCCGCCCGCACCCUGACCAUGCCCCAGGUCGGCGUGCUGUCCAUGUUCACCGAGUUCAUCGGCGCCGUCGCCCUCGGCUCGCGCGUCACCAAGACCAUCAAGAACGGCAUCAUCGACAUCAACCGCUUCCGCGCCACCCCGGCCACCCUCGUCCUGGCCAUGGGCUGCGCCGAGGUCGGCAGCGCCUUCUGGCUCGUCCUCGCGACAUCCCUAGGCUUCCCCGUCUCCACCACCCAGACCGUCGUCGGCGCUCUCAUCGGCGUCGGCUUCGCCGCCCAGUCCAACAUCAAAUGGGCCUGGACCAAGGGCUCCGUCUCCCAGGUCGCCGCCUCCUGGGCCAUUGCCCCCGCCAUCUCCGCCGUCUUCUCCGCCAUCAUCUUUGCUACUGUCAAGUACUCCGUGCACAACCGCGCCGACUCCAUGAAAUGGGCCCUCCGCAUGAUUCCCUUCUACCUCGCUCUCACCGCCGCCAUUCUCGCCCUCUUCAUCAUCGUCGAGAUUCCCGGCACCCAGUCCCUCGAGGAAUUCGGCGUGGGCAAGAUGUGCGGCAUCAUCCUGGGCGUGUUCUUUGGCUGCCUGGCCAUUGCCUACACCUUCUUCUUGCCGUACUUCCAUCGCCGCUUGAUCAAGCAGGACGCCCGCCUCCGUGCCCGCCACAUUCCCCUCGGCCCCUUGCUUUGGAAAGAGGAUCCUUGGAUCUACUGGCCAGCCCCUGCUGACGGUGAAUAUGUAAUCGAUUACUAUCAGAACUCCCACGCCGGCCAGAAUGCCGUCGCCGAAGACCUAAAGAAGGACAACAGCUCCGGCGGCGAUCCAGCCUCCAUCGAGAAAGGCCCGACGCCUGCGCCGCCUGCUGAAAGCGCCCUUGCCUGCAAGCAGCAUCUCGAGCCAGAUGAGCGCUUUUUGGCUCCCUACCGACACCUCCCCAUCUAUCAUCCUCUUCGCCUCUUCUCGUUUGUCAAAUGGUUCUUCCUUCAGGGUGUUACCCGCGAUUGCGUCAGCCAUGAAUCAGACCGUCUAGCUGCCACCCAUGCACGUGCCGCCCGCUACGACAACCGCGUGGAACAUCUGUGGACAUAUGCCCAAGUUGCCAGCGCCAUGGUCAUGUCCAUCGCUCACGGCUCCAAUGAUGUCGCCAACGCUGUCGGCCCCUGGGUCGCUGCUUACGAGACCUAUCGUGCCGGUAUUGUGCAGACCGAAACCCCUACUCCUAUCUGGAUCUUGAUCAUCGCCGGUUUCCUUCUCGGCGCUGGUUUCUGGUUUUUCGGCUUUCAUAUCAUCCGUGCCCUCGGCAACCGCAUCACUCAGAUGUCGCCCACUCGCGGUUUCUCCAUGGAAUUGGGUGCCGCCGUCACUGUCCUCUUGGCCUCUCGUCUCGGCCUUCCCGUCAGUACCACCCAGUGUCUGACCGGUGCCACUGUCGGAACUGCCCUCAUGAACUAUGACCUCGGAGCUGUCAACUGGCGCCAGCUUGUCUGGAUUUUCAGCGGCUGGCUGUUAACACUCCCAUCCGCCGGAUUAGUUUCCGGCUUAUUGAUGCUCAUGGCUUUGAAUACUCCUCACUUCUAA